AUGGAGGAAGACGUAACGGCUGAUCUGCAGACAGCGGUACUUUUUGUGUUGAGCUUUCUUGGACUGAUUUCUAAUGGAUUCAUAUUUUUGUUGCUGUACAAAAAACGAAAUAUGAGAACUUUCUCCAACAGAUUCGUUCUUAGUCUGACGUCUAGUCACCUUUUGCAAUGCAUUUUCAUCAUUCCUACCAUGAUGGUUUCCAUUCAGGGUUGGACAGUUGACAAGAUCUGGUGCAAGUUCACAGCUUCGCUCACAGUAUGUCUGAAUCUGGCAUCGGUUUUAUCCAUCUUGCUCAUAGCCGUUGACCGUAACUGUGCUGUCAACAGUCCACUGCACUACACUAUCACUAUCACAAAACGUCGAACGGGCCUGCUCAUCGGGACCAUCUGGCUCGUAGCCAUGCUGUUCUCACUGCCAGUCCUCGUCGGCGUCAUUGAAAUUAGUCAAGUUUGCUUGCCUGUGAAAGGGCACAGAAUAGCCAAACUUCUGUACAGUUUAACUACUACUUUUGUAGGUUUCCUUAUACCCUUGCUCAGUGUGUCUUGUCUGUAUUUCGCAAUGUUCAGAGCUGCUGAAACUAAUAAUGCAAGAACAAGAAGGAACAGUUCUAAUAGCAGUGUAUCAAAUGACGUAAUAGUGAACCUCAAACCAGCCAAAAAACUUGGUGUUAAUGAAUAUAGUCUGAGAAGGAAUUAUUCUUCUGAUCACGUGGACCCUAAUGAGCAUGCUUGUUGUUUCAUUGGCAAACACAAAGCAGCAGUGACGGGUUUGUUAGUAGUCAUGUCUUUCAUUGUCUGCUGGCUACCUUUUUUUCUGACUUUGGUAUCUGAAGCAUUUCUUUCCCUUCCAGAAGGAGUUUGGUUUGGUUCUAGCAUAGCUGCAUUUUCAUCGUGCAUCAUCAAUCCUUACUUGUACUUUUUCCGCAACAAAAAUACAUGGAAACAAGCAAAGAAAUUAAUAGGGCGCACAUUUUCUCGAAACGAUCAGAUAAUUACUAACAAGAAGGCUAAGCAGACUAAAAUAGAUAUGUUGCCUUGUGUUUUCUCGCUUCCUAAUUCCAUUAGCCAAACUGUUCUGACAUCUCCAAAGCCUCUUCAGAACAGUUUCUCAAACCAUUCAAGCCCCGGUGAUAUGGGACCAAGAUCAGUUGUAAUCGGUUCAAGCCACUGCACAAAAAUAGGAAUUUUUUCCGUCGAUCCUGUGAAACCUCUCUUGCAUCAAGAUUCGUCAUCCAGCAACGAUAGUAGUGAUAUGUGUUUGACUAUUGUGAUGAUGGGAAGUGGCUUCAGCAUUGAUGAAGAUUCCACCCUCUGGUACCAGCCCCUUCAAACCCAGUACAGUGAAGAGUCUAUGACAGAAAUUCCAUUAGAUGGAAAUGAUGUGGUUUAG